GGCGGCACCGAGUCUGGCUUGAUCGCGUAGGGACAGCGGCGACCCCGGCUCUGGCAGCAUGUCUGAGAAGAGGCACGCAUCGGACCCCCAAGCCCGGCGGGGCCCUGAAACCUUCAAGGAGACCCCCUACACAGGCCUUGGAAUUUGUGGAUGGAUUUUGGUGUUUUUCUCAUUCUUGUUCACACUUGCAACUUUUCCACUGUCAAUAUGGUUUUGCAUAAAGAUCAUAAAAGAAUAUGAAAGAGCCAUCAUCUUUCGAUUGGGUCGCAUUUUACAAGGCGGAGCCAAAGGACCUGGUUUGUUUUUCGUUCUGCCAUGCACUGACAGCUUCAUCAAAGUGGACAUGAGGACCAUCUCAUUCGAUAUUCCGCCUCAAGAGAUCCUCACUAAGGACUCCGUGACAAUCAGCGUGGAUGGUGUGGUCUAUUACCGCGUCCAGAACGCGACCCUGGCCGUGGCAAACAUCACCAAUGCCGACUCAGCCACCCGUCUGCUGGCACAGACUACUCUGAGGAAUGUGCUGGGCACCAAGAACCUUUCUCAGAUCCUCUCCGACAGAGAAGAAAUCGCACACAACAUGCAGACCACCCUGGACGAUGCCACUGAUGAAUGGGGGAUCAAGGUGGAGCGAGUGGAAAUCAAGGACGUGAAGCUGCCCGUGCAGCUGCAGAGAGCUAUGGCUGCCGAGGCGGAAGCAUCCCGGGAAGCCCGAGCCAAGGUCAUUGCGGCCGAGGGAGAGAUGAAUGCAUCCAGGGCUCUGAAAGAAGCCUCCAUGGUCAUCACCGAAUCUCCAGCAGCCCUGCAGCUCCGCUACCUUCAGACCCUGACCACCAUUGCCGCUGAGAAAAACUCCACAAUUGUCUUCCCUCUGCCCAUAGAUAUGUUGCAAGGCAUUUUGGGGGCAAAACACUGAGGCGUGCUGGCCUCACUCACUGGGGAGCUCUGCCCUUCUGAGCGUGAAGCAGGGGACCAAAUUAGCCUUUAACCCGUAGGGAGAGAGUGGGGAGGGAAACUUGACUCUUCUCCCUCCCUUUCCUUUUCCAUAGAUUGAGUGUGAUGCUCUUAGAAUGUGUAGUGACCCGAGCAACAGAUAAAGGUCAUUAGCUUGUAAAUACUAUAUAUGACAGGGAGAUUUAUGUAAGAUAAUCUCUUGCUCUUUAAAUAUGGAGAAGUUCAUAUUUUUACAUCAUUAUGUGACAGGUUAAAUUCCCACCCUCACUCCCUUUUUUUGACUCUCACUGAGCCGUUCUACACUCUCAGCCAGGAGCCAGGCCAAAGGAAACCACCCCCUGAUGCCCUAGGCUGGAGAAAUGCUUUGCAGAAAACAGUGACCCUAGGCUACAGCCAGCUUCUCUGGGCCACAUGUGCCUUACUUCUGGGGAAUCAUACUUAAGGAAAUCUUUGUAACGUCCAUUUACUCUGAACCGCGUUUCAAAUAAUCCUCUCUAGAGACUAGGCAUUUUCCUGACAGCACUGGAGGAAGGUCAAGAUCAAUGAAGGUGAUUGCCCUGACCUUCAAAAGAUUUAAAUCCACUAUUAUAGAGAUUCUUUUAAAAUAAUAUGGUGGGAUUUUUUUUGUUAACUUCUUUAGGUCUCUUUAUGAGGAAACGAAUCUUCUGUAGUGUGUUAUUCAAAUCAGCUAGAUACCCAUCACACAGGUGCUCCUUUCUCACUUUUACCUAUUUUCAUAAAACGGGUUCUAAAUAGUUUUGAUUUUUUAAAUAAAAUUUUCUGAGUUCUAUAAACAGUUGCUUUUAUAGCCACUUGAAUAGCUUAAGGACUAAUACUUUUUCAAAUAUCUCCGGGAGACCAUUGUAUUUCACUGCACGUACUAACUGUUGUACACUGUGAAAUACACUGGUUACAGAUCCCAUUCAUGAGGUAGUAUAAAGAAUUCACAACAUAUUAAGCACAUACCAUCCAAUGAGCGUGGGAAGACACUGUUGAGCUUAGGAUGUUUGUAGUCGAUGGAUGUAGAUCUUUAUUUGACCCCAGGUUCUUGAUGCAGAAGGAGGGAGCGGUCGGCCCUUCCGAACCACAGUCGCUGCAUCUGUGAUAUUGGGGAGUGCCUCCCGUGUCACAGAUGCCUGUGACCUGAGCAACCUGGCAUUCUCCGUGCCGGCCUAGAAUGAGCAUUGGCAGACGUUGACACGUUUUCCUCACGGCUGAGUCCAGCUCCAGAAGUUUAAGGCCUGCCGCUCCCUCACCAAAGCCACUGGAUGUGUCUGCCAUUAGCUGGAUUUCUGUCAGUCCCAGCCAAUGAGUGUCCCCUCCCUUUCACCCUGUUUCCAAGCUUAUUUUAAAAAACCUUGAACCACCAUGGAUCCUGGCUUAGUUUAUUAGAUGUACAUGGAGCAUUUUGACUUGAAACUCAAAUGGCGUAUAUAAUUUGAAAAUAAUGAUUUUAUCUCUUUUGUGAGGUGGUUUGCCCUUAACUAUUGAGGACCAGGAAGCAAGCACAUACUGCAGCUGAAAGUCCCUUCCCAGACUUGGAGUAACAAUGCUGAGCUUCCCUGUCUCCAGGUACCAAACAGGGUCUGCUUUUCUGCCUGUGGAUUCUUAGCCCAGGAGUCUGAAAUGAAAUCGCCUGCAGGGGAGGAAGCCUGGGGUUGGAGGGUGUGAGUGCAAGAGUUUGUUCCGAGUGGCCUCCCUUCCCAACACUGUACAGAAUAAAGAGUGCGCUUUUACCGAC